AUGUCUGACUGCUCCAAGUAAGUUGAGAUUGUAGAUUUGACCAAUAUGCUUAGGGUAAUUCUCACAAUAGGACAAAAUAUGCCUACUUGUCAUGGAACUCAAAUUCUAGUACAGUUUUGGCUUAGGAUAGCCUAACACUAGAUGGCCUGUUUUGUAUGCCAGUCUUUUGUACUUUCGAGAAAGGCAAGAUGAUUGAUUCAGUUGCAGUGCCAGCAUAUUUUUCCUCCUUUUAGCUUUUUUUCCCCUUUUGUCUUGUUUUCCAUCAGACUCUCCUUUCAACCUCUGGGCAAAUGUAAAAAAAAAUUAACAAGUAAGGCCCAUCUUGCCAAACCAGAUUUUAUUUAAUUGAAUUCUGAAAACUUCAAUGUUAGGGCCACAUUGUGACAGUUACGUCAGCAAGAACCAAAUAAUGAUGGCUAAUCCCCUUGAUGUUCCUCACAACAGGGCUCAAGGCCUGUCUUAUUUCUUCUCAGUGUCUGUUGGUUGUAUACAUACACAGGCGCAGGCAGCAACCUGGAACAGCCCCCUGAAUCUGUGCCGAAGGUCACUCUUGCCUGUAUUUGGUUUGGUCUUUUGAAAGGCAGCAGCGGUAAAUGGGCUCAAUCCCAAUACACCCCUUAGCCCUCCCCCUCGUUUUCGAGUGUCCCUUGGUGGGGGAGUGACCCUCAAACGGAGCUACUAGUGUUAGGGAGAGAAAUAACCCUAGGGAAUAGGACAUCACUACAUCACUCGCACACAGCAGAAGCCGCCAAAGGAUUGCCUGACGUCUCAAAAUGAAUUUUUCCGUUUCUCUAUGUUCGCUACAGACUUCAGUCUAAGACUGCCAUUGUUGAAGUUGUUUGAGGUGAUGUCAAAAUGAGGGGUGUUGUACAAAGUCAUCAGCGAUUGGAUCAUCUCUAACCAAUCAGAGUAUCAAAGCCAAUGACACUUUUUCAAAACGGCGCUUUACCCAUGUGUGUUCUGGCUUUGGCCCAACCCAUCGGUGUCUAAUGUUUGUUGGAGCAAGGAGUUUGGGUAGCCAGGCAAGCCAAAGGAUAGCCUACCACGUAAUUAAUUGAUGACAAGCCUUGUUUUUCACAAUGCCUGUACUGGAGGCCAUAAUAGCUUUCCUUAUGUUUCUCAUACAACAAAUACAGACAUACCAUAUAAACAACAAAUGAGAACUGCAAAACAGAAUGACAAUAGUUCCUCAACAUAGCUAUUUGGAAAAUCUUUCCAGCUCACUCCCUUUUAAUUACCACUCAGCAUGAAAGGGGGAAAAAUGGUCAUGCUCUGAUCCGGUGGAAACGUCAUAAAAUAGGCCUAGCUGAUUACUUCUUAUCCCUUGGCAAAUAGCAUACAGCAGUGUGUCUGUCAGGAGCUCACUGGCCCAGAAUAUUUUAUACAAUGAUGCAAGUUUGCUAGCACAUGCUUCACACAAGACCAAGUUAAUACAAUAGUUGAUACAAUGUUUCAACUGCCUUGCAGACAGGCCAUGCAUAGCCAAUGUGAUUUAUAGGAUAAUUACUUUUAUCAGGGUAUUUUCAAUGUUGCAAUGUUUUUAUUUGUUGGCUUUAUGUAGGCUAGUUUUACAUAUUGGCAGAAGUUACUUUUAGAUUUGUAUAAUUUUCAUUUAGAUAGAAUUUUGAGAGAUGAAGACUUUUAUUCUAAAUGAAAUUAAACUGUUCCACAAAAAUGUGCAUAUGAAAAUCCGAACCGGCACGCAGAUCAGUAGACAUGGUACGAUAACCUGGUACUCCAAAUGGGGAAAAGGUUGCCAACCAAUGGUGUAGCCUAUUACCGGCAGCUUCGGCAGUGGGAGGAGGGUCAGGAACGUGUUUUUCCCUUCUGGUUAGGCUAUACUGAUCUCUGCCGCCCUCUUUAGUCAUUUGUCUUCAUUUUUUAUUGCAGUGCUUAAAGCAUCAGACAAGCUCAGUAGCCUACAUAUAGUUGAUUUUAUUCAAACAGGGUGUGUCUAUAUAUGGGAAAAUACACGUUUUAAAAUGUCGAUUAGUCGAAAGAACAGACCACUCUUGGUCGACUAAGAUUAUUUUUUUUGUUGGGGACAGCCCUUCAAUUCAAAGAAAGCUAUGGAUGCAAGGACUGGCAUCCGUGAUAUCAAAAUGAUAGUUUUAACCAUGUUUUGAAGCUAUAUAGUGUUUGUUUACAUUUACUUUGUUUACAAACAUUGGAGUAAAAACAGCUUGUAUUUUGGGAUCUGAUGAGGUACAACAGUUGAACUAUUAAGUUCAUGAGUCAUUUAUAAGUUAUGUUCUUCAAGAAUCAAUGGGUACAUUUAAUUUAUAAGUCCAAAAAUGGAUGUAACAACUGCUGUUUGCCCCUUUAUCUGUAAUUUUUUUUUGUAUGAUUCGUUAUGAAGUUAAAUUACUUACAUUUGCUGCCAUCUUAGUAUUUUUUUAAGCCUUCUUUCCUGAAGCAACUCUUCAGCCUUGGGUCGCAGAGCUUCAUGGGAGUUUUGGGAACCACUCGAAAUGAAGUCUGCAUCUCUAUUCGCUUCAUGUGGAGGGCCAACUUUUAGAGGGCUGAAAAGGCACUACGCCUCGCUCAAAGUUGACAUUUUACUCAUUUAGCAGACGCUCUUAUCCAGAGCGACUUACAGGAGCAAUUAGGGUUAAGUGCCGUGCUUGAGGGCACAUUGACAGGUUUUUUUCCAGCGACCUUUUGGUUACUGGCCCAACGCUCUUAACAGCUAGGAUACCUUCUGCCCAGUUGAAUUGGGAUACCACUCCGACUCGAUGGGGCUCGCAGGAUCAUGCAAAACUGAGGGGGGAGGGGUAAGGGGGGGAAGUUUACAUUAAACUAUAAUAUUUAUUACGUAAAACGUGUCUGUAAAAAAAAUGUCAUUUAAAAAACGUUUUCUUUCACCCAAUGAGGGGUGUUGUACAAAGUAAUCAGCGAUUGGAUCAUCUCUAACCAAUCAGAGUAUCAAAGCCAAUGACACAUUUUCAAAACGCCGCUUUACCCAUGUGUGUUCUGGCUUUGGCCCAACCCAUUGGUUUCCCCCAUUAUGCAUCAUCUAGAGGAGUAGUCCUUAGAUGCGCACAAGUUAAUUACAUUUCUUCACUUACAGUUGAAGUCGGAAGUUUACAUACACCUUAGCCAAAUUAAUUUAAACUCAGUUUUUCACAAUUCCUGACAUUUAAUCCUAAUAAAAAUUCCCUGUCUUAGGUCAGUUAGGAUCACCACUUUAUUUUAAGAAUGUGAAAUGUCAGAAUAAUAGUAGCGCAAAUGAUUUUUCAGCUUUUAUUUCUUUCAUCACAUUCCCAGUAGGUCAGAAGUUUACAUACACUCAAUUAGUAUUUGGUAGCAUUGCCUUUAAAUUGUUUAACUUGGGUCAAACGUUUUGGGUAGCCUUCCACAAGCUUCCCACAGUAAGUUGGGUGAAUUUUGGCCCAUUCCUCCUGACAGAGCUGGUGUAACUGAGUCAGGUUUGUAGGACUCCUUGCUCGCACACGCUUUUUCAGUUCUGCCCACAAAUAUUCUAUAGGAUUGUGGUCAGGGCUUUGUGAUGGCCAUUCCAAUACCUUGACUUUGUUGUCCUUAAGCCAUUUUGCCACAACUGUGGAAGUAUACUUGGGGUCAUUGUCCAUUUGGAAGACCCAUUUGCGACCAAGCUUUAACUUCCUGACUGAUGUCUUGAGAUGUUGCUUCAAUAUAUCCACAUAAUUUUCCUUCCUCAUGAUGCCAUCUAUUUUGUGAAGUGCACCAGUCCCUCCGGCAGCAAAGCACCCCCACAGCAUGAUGCUGCCACCCCCGUGCUUCACGAUUGGGAUGGUGUUCUUCGGCUUGCAAGCGUCCCCUUUUUUCCUCCAAACAUAACGAUGGUCAUUAUGGCCAAACAGUUCUAUUUUUGUUUCAUCAGACCAGAGGACAUUUCUCCAAAAAGUACGAUCUUUGUCCCCAUGUGCAGUUAGAAACCGUAGUCUGGCUUUUUCAUGGCAGUUUUGGAGCAGUGGCUUCUUCCUUGCUGAGCGGCCUUUCAGGUUAUGUCGAUAUAGGACUCGUUUUACUGUGGAUAUAGAUACUUUUGUACCUGUUUCCUCCAGCAUCUUCACAAGGUCCUUUGCUGCUGUUCUGGGAUUGAUUUGCACUUUUCGCACCAAAGUACGUUCAUCUCUAGGAGACAGAACACAUCUCCUUCCUGAGCGGUAUGACAGCUGCGUGGUCCCAUGGUGUUUAUACUUGCGUACAGAUGAACGCGGUACCUUCAGGCGUUUGGAAAUUGCUCCCAAGGAUGAACCAGACUUGUGAAGGUCUACAAUUCUUUUUCUGAGGUCUUGGCUGAUUUCUUUUGAUUUUCCCAUGAUGUCAAGCAAAGAGGCACUGAGUUUGAAGUUAGGCCUUGAAAUACAUCCACAGGUACACCUCCAAUUGACUCAGAUGAUGUCAAUUAGCCUAUCAGAAGCUUCUAAAGCCAUGACAUCAUUUUCUGGAAUUUUCCAAGCUGUUUAAAGGCACAGUCAACUUAGUGUAUGUAAACUUCUGACCCACUGGAAUUGUGAUACAGUGAAAUAAUCUGUCUGUAAACAAUUGUUGGAAAAAUUACUUGUGUCAUGCACAAAGUAGAUGUCUUAACCGACUUGCCAAAACAAUAGUUUGUUAACAAGAAAUGUGUGGAGUGGUUGAAAAAUGGGUUUUAAUGACUCCAACCUAAGUGUAUGUAAACUUCAGAAUGAGUGUUAUUCUCAAACACCCCCUUUACGACACUUGAUCUUCUCAUUACUGAAAUGACUACAAAUCUCAAAUUGGCAAAAACUUAGAGGACCAUUACCGUACCAACAUGGAGGCAUGAAUGGGCUUUAGUGAUUGGGUCAAUUGUUUGCUGACUCGUAAUGGCUGUCUCCUAUUACUUGCAUAUUGAGCUAAGGGCCUCUUAUUACGAAACACAUCUCAUUACCGCAUCCUUUUUGGUAAAGAGAACCUUAAUUUUGGUAAUGAUGAUGAUAAUAAGCUGUUUCUAAUGUAUAGUGAAUGGGUGUGCUGUGCUGGUAACUUUAAUUAUUUACUAGGACCACUGCUUACACCUAUUGUAUGGAGUUUUUGUAAAACAUCAUUGGCUUAAGUAGGGGUUGUCAAGAAAUAUGGGUGUAUAAACCCCAUUUACAGUGGGUAUCAUAAGUAUUCACCUCCCUUGAUUUUUUUUCACAUUUUGUUGUUACAAAGUGGGAUUGAAAUGGCUAUAAUUGUGACUUUUUGUCAUUCAUUUACACACUAGGCUACUCCAUAAUGUCAAAGUGAAAAGAAAGUUCUACAAAUUUAAUACAAAUGAACUCUAAUAUAGUCUGCAUAAGUAUUCACAUCCUUUGUUUAGGCAAGUCUAAAUUAGUUCAAGAGUAAAAUGUGGCUUAUUAAUUUAAUCACAUACGUUACAUGGACUCACUCUGUGAAAUAGAGAUUGACAUGAGUUGAAUGACUAACCUAUCCUCUGUCCCCCAUACAUUAAUCUGUAAGGUCCCUCAGUCAUGUAUUGAAGCACAGAUUCAACUACAAAGACCAGGGAGCUUUUCGAAAGCCUAAUAAAGAAGGGCAGUGAAUUGGUAGAUGGGGGGGAAAUGAUAACAAAUCGGACAUUGAAUAUCUCUUUCGGCAUGGUCAAGCGGUGGAUGAUGUAUUAAACCACCCAGACACAACAAAGAAAAACCUGCUUAUAUUUGUAUUCUCAUUUAGGUCCUUAUUGUAGAGUAACUAUAAAUGUUGUUGAUCCAUCCUCAGUUAUCUCCCAUCACAGCCAUUGAACUCUGCAGAUGUUUUAAAAUCACCAAUGACCUCAUGGUGACAUCCCAGAGCAGUUUCCUUCCUGUCCUGCAGCUCAGAAGACUAUCUUUGUUGUCUGGGUAGAUUGACCAUGCCGAAAGAGAUAUUCAAUGUCCGAUUUGUUAUCGUUUCCCCAUCUACCAAAUCACUGCCCUUCUUUAUUAGGCUUUCCACCAGACACUGGGAGACAAAUUCACCUUUCAGCAGGACAAUAACCUAUAACACAAAGCUAAAUCUAUACUGGAGUUCAUUACCAAGAAGAAGGUGAAUGUUCCUGAGUGGCCAAGUUAGUUUUAACUUAAAUCUGCUUGAAAAUGACCCCCUAACACCUUGACAGAGCUUGAAGAAUAAUGGGCAAAUAUUUCACAAUCCACGUGUGCAAAGCUCUUAGAGACUAACCCAAGAAGACUAAGAUGUAAUUACUGCCAAAUGUGUUUCUAACAUGUAUUGACUCGGGUGAAUACUUAUCUAAUCUAUUUUUAAGGUAUAUUAGUGUUAUAUUAAGACAUUUUAGUCCCCCCCCCCCCCCCCCACAGAAAAUUACAAUUGAAUCCAAAUGUGAAGAAAUCCAUGGGGGGUGAAUACCCACUAAUUUACUUCAAGGGAUACUUUGGCAAUUAGGCCUUUUUACAGUGCAUUUGGAAAGUAUUCAGACCCCUUGACUUUUUCCACAUUUUCCACAUCCUUAUUCUAAAAUUGAUUAAAUAGUUUUUUCCUCAUCAAUCUACACACAAUACCCCAUAAUGACAAAGCAAAAACAGGUUUUUAUACAUUUUUGCAAAUGUAUAAAAAAUAAACAGAUCACAUUUCCGUAAGUAUUUGGCAGCGUUUACAGUCUCGAGUCUUCUUGGGUAUGACGCUACAAGCUUGGCACACCUGUAUUUGGGAAGUUUCUCCCAUUCUUCUCUGCAGAUCCUCUCAAGCUCUGUCAGGUUGGAUAGGGGGCGUCGCUGCACAGCUAUUUUCAGGUCUCUCCAGAGAUGUUCGAUCGGGUUCAAGUCCAGGCUAUGGCUGGGCCACUGAAGGCAUUCAGAGACUUGUCCCGAAGCCACUCCUACAUUGUCUUGGCUGUGUGCUUAGGGUCGUUGUCCUGUUGGAAGGUGAACCUUCGCCCCAGUCUGAAGUCCUGAGCGCUCUGGAGCAGGUUUUCAUCAAAGAGCUCUCUGUACUUUGCUAAGUUCAUCUUUCCCUCGAUCCUGACUAGUCUCCCAGUCCCUGCCGCUGAAAAACAUCCUCACAGCAUGAUGCUGCCACCACCAUGUUUCACUAUAGGGAUGGUGCCAGGUUUCCUUCAGACGUGACGCUUGGCAUUCAGGCCAAAGAGUUCAGUCUUGGUUUUAUUAGACCAGAGAAUCUUGUUUCUCAUGGUCUGAGAGUCCUUUAGGUGCCUUUUGGCAAACUCCAAGCGGGCCGUCAUGUGCCUUUUACUGAGGAGUGGCUUCUGUCUGGCCACUCUACCAUAAAAGCCUGAUUGGUGGAGUGCUGCAGAGAUGGUUGUCCUUCUGGAAGGUUCUUCCAUUUCCACAGAGGAACUCUGGAGCUCUGUCAGUGACCAUCGGGUUCUUGGUCACCUCCCUGACCAAGGCCCAUCUCCCCUGAUUGCUCAGUUUGGCUGGGCGGCCAGCUCUAGGAAGAGUUUUGGUGGUUCCAAACUUCUUCCAUUUAAGAAUGAGGGAGGCCACUGUGUUCUUGGGGACCUUCAAUGCUGCAGAAAUCUUUUGGUACCCUUCCCCAGAUCUGUGCCUCGACACAAUCCUGUCUCGGAGCUCGGAGCUCUACGGACAAUUCCUUAUACCUCAUGGCUUGGUUUUUGCUCUGACAUGCACUGUCAACUGUGGGACCUUGUAUAGACAGGUGUGUGCCUUUCCAAAUCAUGUCCAAUCAAUUGAAUUUACCACAGGUGGACUCCCAAGUUGUAGAAGCAUCUCAAGGAUGAACAAUGGAAACGGGAUGCACCUGAGCUCAAUUUCGAGUCUCAUCGCAAAGGGUCUGAAUACUUAUGUAAAUAAGGUAUUUCUGUUUAUUUUUAAUAAAUUAGCAAAAAUGUCUUAACCUGUUUUUGCUUUGUCAUUAUGGGGUAUUGUGUGUAGAUUGAGGAAAACAAUAAUUAAAUUUUUAGAGUAAGGCUGUAACUCAACAAAAUGUGGAAAAAGUGAAGGGGUCUGAAUACUUAACGAAUGCAUUGUAUCUAUUUCCCCAGAGUUGGAUGAACUCGUGGAUAUCAUUUGUAUGUCUCUGUGUCCAUUAUGAAGGAAUUUCGAGGUAGUUUCGCAAGCCAAUGUUAACUAAUGUUAGCCCAAUGGCUGGAAGUCUAUGGGUAUCUACUAUCAUGCUAGCAGGACCCGGCAGUGUUUUUCUAGCUUCUGUGUUGUCUGAAAAUCGCCCGUGUUACAUUUGCCCCGUUUUACUUUUGUCCCGGCUCUCUGCUACUUAUUUGCAUUGUAAUUGAUUUGUUUCAUUUCAUACUUAUUUUAUCUAUUUUGUAUUUGGUAGCCUAUUCAAAUGUGGAUUAUACUUUUUUAUAGCUUUAUUGUUUUGCAUGCUAUUCGAUAGUCAAAAAGGCAUAAGUUUGAUAGGCCUGUUCGUUUUUAUAAAUAAAUAAAAACCCUAAUGUGAUUUUUGGUUGGCUUUUACAUAAAUGCACCGUUUUAUAAUAGCUUUUCAAAAUAAAGUUGUUUGUGAGACAACUCCGACACAUCAUUCAUUAAUCUUUUAUUCCCGCUUAUCAAAAGUACUGCUCUGGGAGCUUAUGUAGGCUAAUGCCCGUUGCGCUAUUCAAGGAUAUGAAUAACCACUUUGACAAUUUUUUUUUAUGUUAGUUGAUAAGUUUAACUUGUACAAGUAAACGUUUACUGCAACUUUUAUUGACGGUAGCCUAGUGUAGGCCAAUAUUAUUUAUUGGCUCUUUGAUUUGGAAGGAGGGAUUUUCCGACGGCACACACUUUUGUUUUUUCCUAAAGCUUUGGUCAGGUGGACGGCAGAAACUUCCCAUUUGAUUAUUCUCUUAGAAUUUUUGCGUUGGUAAUUGUGGUAAAAUGCAUGUCGUCUGCUCAAUAAACAUAAUUAUGAAAUGGAUAAAUACAGAUCCUAAUCUUAGUGAUCCGAGAGCAAUUAUGGUGUUUCUUGUUAUUGUAAGAAGAAAAACACCCUUCUGUACUCUUUGGCUAUUCUGAGCUGCUUGUCUUCCUCCUCUCUCUCGCUCUCUCUCGUCUAGGUGUGGGGGAACAGUGGGCGCUGUUCUGACUUGUCCGCUGGAAGUGGUAAAGACCAGACUGCAGUCUUCUCAUGUCACCUACAUCUCUGAGGUGCAGCUCAGCACCGUCAAUGGGGCCAGUGUGGCCCGCAUGGCCCCUCCGGGACCCCUCCACUGCCUCAAGUAAGUUCAUCACACAGGGGUCACAGAGAAUAGCCUACAUAUUACAUUGUGUUUGGACAGGGUUCGUUGGGUCACCGUUUCAGGAAGACUAGAAGUUUCUUGCCAUGUUUCACUCAAGGCCACCUACAGUAUCUCACAUGCCCUUUGACACAAUUACCUAACACCCAAUGACUCAAAGAUGAGUUACUGUAAACGGGAGUGUUAUCAGACAGAAACGUCUUAUGACUUGACCGCUUCAUGACCAUUUAAAAAGGACGUAUUUUUAUCGUCCUCUAAGGUUAAUGAAAGAGUUUACUCUUCCCCCUUAGAAAAAAAGGAACGCAAGCUAGGACAGUCAUAUCCUGGCUUCCUGUUUGUCAUACUAUGUUAUGACUGAGUCUUGCUUUAGCUAAGGUCUGGGAAUCGUGCUUUGCAUUUCAGCAUUUUGAUUGCAUCAAUAUGGGUCUCCCAUACAUAUUGAACCACAUAGCGAGAAUCUAUCAUUUCAGAUUGGGGAUGUAGCCUAGCUUUCAUCAUCGCUGACGAGGCAGAAAUAACCCUUAACAUAUUGGACAAGUACAAGUUGUUCUAUAGCAUACUUAAAUCUGCCUCACUCACUUGUAAAAAUAGAAUGAGAACAGGGGGAGAGGCUUACUGUGGUUCUGUUUUGGUUUGCUGUGGAACUGCCCAUGUUAGUCUCGUAGAGGGCAACUUUCCCCUUUGCCUUAGUUUUUUUUUUUUACAAACAUUUAGUCUAUAUACCACUCCAUAUUGCUAAGGGAAAACAUUAACCCCUUAAUCUUCUCCUUUCAUAUUGCUCUGUAAAAGCUCUCCACUGACCGGACUAGAAUAGAGACUGAAAUACAUAGAGAGGACAAGGAAAUAGACACGUUGUUCUCUGAGGCUGUUAUUGUAAUGUGGACAGUGGCACAGCGAAUGAAUGUCCCUCAUAUCAACAGCUGUUUACAUGCCCUCACCUUAAACAUUUUCCACACCACAGGGCCAGGAGGCAGAACCAGUUUCAUAACGGGCAUAGUAAAGGGAGCAUACAGCUAGGGCUGGCACAGUAAAUGUAUAAUCGUGUAACCAACGAUUAUGGAUAAAGACGUCAUAAACAUUUUAAUAACUGUUUUAAUACAAAAAUAUAUAUAUUUUCAAGUCGACAAACUACCCAAAAGCAGUAAAGUAAAAGUAAGCCUGGUUCACAUCUAAGAGCUGAUUUUAUAAGGCUAGAGGAGACAUGACUAUCCAGUUGUAGAAUGUUGUGUUGUGGAACAAACAGCUGACUGAAGACAGCCAGACAUGCAGUCGAGUCUGUUUCCAGGGUAACAUGGACUCUUUACAACGUGAUGAAAUUGUUGCUCCUUGUUUUAGCAAGGUGUUGUGGCAAACAAGUAUACCGUAUUGGUCCGAAUAUAAGACGACCCUGAUUAUAAGACGACCCCCCGUUUUUCAACACAAACAUUUAGAAAAACAGAUUUGCAGACUAGAUUUGCCGAACAAAGAACUUCAUUUUAUUUUAAAAUAACAAUAUUAAAAACACAGUGAAUUAAACACAAAGGCAAACUAUGUACAGUAUGAUUCAAAAUUAAUAUCAAGCAAUAAUAAAGCAACAUUUUUAAAUAACAGAGAAAAUACAGGCCACACAUUUAACUAAACUUAACAAAAAUUCGCCAAACUUCUCCUCCGAUGUCUCUCUAUCCCUCACACACGUCCUCUGCCCCGCUGUGUUCGCUCUCGCUGUCAUCGCUCCCCAGCUGCUCCGCUUCCACCGGCUCCUCCCAAAGCACGUCGUCCUCGCUGCCGUCCAAUGCAUUUGAGAUGCAACAUUUUUUAAAGCCAUCGAUGAUGCUCUGUGAGGGAAUAGCAUCCCAUGCAUGCAGGAUCCAUUCACACAGUAGACGGACUGACGGCUUCUGUAUUUUCCCGGUCGGUGUGAGUGCGUGGUUGCCAGACAGGAGCCACUCUGUGUAUUUUUUUCGCAGGUUAUCCUUGAAAGGCUUGUUCACAACUACGUCCAACACCUGUAGCUGGCUUGUCAUUCCCCCUGGUAUGAUCACAAGAUCCCCGUUCAUUGCUCGCACCUGACUUUUCACGGGCUCAGUCAGAUGUCCGCGGAACGCAUCCAGAACGAGCAUGUUCCUCCUCUUCCUCAGUCCCCCGUAGCGUGCGCCCCACACAACCUUUAGCCAGUCCACUACAAGCCCCGACUCCAUCCAGCCCUUCUCCUGGGCGCGCACAAUAAUGCCAGCUGGCAUUGGGUCCUUUGGCACAGUCUUACGCUUAAGAAUGACAUACGGGGGGAGUUUGCUGCCACCAGCGAGACAUGUCAACAUGACAGUGACGCGGCUCUUCUCGUUGCCCGUUGAUUUCACCAACACAGACUUUUCUCCCUUUCUAUUGACAGUCACCGAUGUUGGCAUGUCGAAAUAAACGGGUGUCUGAUCAGCAUUGCCGAUCUGAUCCAGCGGGUAGGAGUGCUUCUUCCUCAGGUUGAUAACAAAGCGCUGAAACGAAAGCAGCUUCUCUCCGAAGUCUGACGGCAGGCGUUGGGCCAAACUCGUUCUCCGUCUAAGUGACAGUCCAUUACGCCGCAUCAUCCUACGACACCAGCCGAGGCUGGCUUUAAAUCCAGUGAUGUUGAGCUCUCUGGCGAUUUCCAGGGCCUUAACCUGGAUGACAGCUCUGGUAAUGGGCAUUCCCUCACUUCUUUUUUCCCUGACAUAUUCAAAAACCCUCCGGUCAACCUCAAUGAAACGACCACUUUGAGGACCACGGAAGGAUUUUCGCUGACUGUUAGCAUCUUUUAGACGUUGUUUUUCUGCUCGCCAUCUUCUUACAUUACACUCAGUGACCCCGAAUGUCUUGGCAGCUUGGCAGUUGUUAGAUGACUCUGCCUUAUUGACAACCAUUAUUUUGAAAUUGGCAUCAUAGCUCCUCCGCUGUUGUUUAUUGACCUGGCCCACUUUUGAGCCACUUGUCUCUAAAUGGUCAGCCUGUCUUUCCAUCUUUAAACACCGGUAACGGGCUGGUUGUUAAGGACGCCUCUUCCCUCCGUCCGGAACGAAUUUUUGGCGCCAUCUGUGCCCGCGAAUGUGUAUUGACAUUUAAAGGGAGCGCCGAAGAAGAGAAACUGCGCUCUGAAUACUAGACCCCGAAUAUAAGACGACCCGACUUUUUUGGACCUAUUUCGAGGGGAAAAAAGGCCGUCUUAUAUUCGGACCAAUACGGUAUAUACACACGGCGUGGCUUAACGUGACCAUGCCCCCGAGUAGGGUACAGCCGUAGGAUACUCCUGUUACUCCCAUGUUAAAUUGCCUACUUUACACAUAAACCGACAACGGCUGUAAUUUUAUUAGAUUUUUGAUCAUUCAAUGUGAUAUGCUUGGUUGGUCAUUUUUAACAUACUUCCAUGUCGUCUUAAUCAACAAACUACAUCAUACCUAAAAACACUAAUUCUAAACGUAAAAAUGACUGUCGCACGGAAUGUACAUCAUGAUUAUCAGCCAACUAACUUUCUUCAACUAGCUAACUAACCCUGCUUUUAAGAUGCCGAAAAGCUGUUGCGUACUAUUUUGUUGGCGAAAAGACCACCAAAUUAAGUUUCAUCAACUGCCCAAGGACCAGGUUAGACAAACAUGGUUUCAGGCUAUUACUCCACGAUGAUGAUGAUUUGGCUCCGGUUACUCGGUACAUUUGUGUGUUUGAAGCACUUCAUCACUGGUAAGUCGCUAACACUUGUUUGUAUCUAUGUUUAUUGCAUGAAGUUAGCUUGUAGUAAAGACUAGUGAGCUGUAUCCGUCCAAAUAACAGCUAUAAUAUUCUUAUGCAUUUGGAUAUUUAUGCAAACCUGGAGAUUGAACCAAGUAGGUGUAGGUAUUUGCUAUUCAACCGAUUGUAUUUAUUUUUUAUAUAUAUAUUUUUUUAUAACGAUGACCGUGGUCAUUUGGCUGACAAAUAAGCGUCAUCCAAAAUGACGUGACUGUCACAGCCCUACAUCCAGUUUGAGGGGUAAUACCUAAUACACUGGGUCAUAGACCUUAUCGUUGUAUGGGCAUAUAACAUUCUUCAAAAGGUCUGUUCAACAAAUCUUGACCAUCCAACCAAACUGACUCUCUUUAAACAUAAUUAGGUGCCUCAAAUGCCACUUUUCAGUUAAUAUAGGACGCUUAAAUUCAUGUAGCCAUGCAUCAUCGAAAGCCUCAUCACCAUCAAAUCCACUUAAUUCAUUAGAUAUAAAGAUUGCCCUUCCAGUGAAAUAUCGAUAGAAAGAUUGUUUAUUUAAUUUUUACGGAAAGUUUACAUCAGUCUUUGGCUGGAGGCUUCGUUCCGUUGGAUCACAGCUCUGCUGCAGUGUUCCUGGGCCUGCUCCUCUCCCCUUUUCCCAUCAGUCAACCUCCAUGCUUCUGCCCUGGAAGCACUAACUGAAACCCAACACCACCACUAAGCAGCACAGGGAGAAGAAAAGAACCUGCAGAAGUGGGUCACCAGCGAAUGCAGCGCAGGCCAAAUCCCAUUUUAGAACAGAGUAGUUCUGUAUGAGCAGUACUGACUGCGUAGUUGACUGAAUUCGCAGUUGUAUCUAGAGGCCUUAAUCCUUGAAUUGAAGCUUAGCACACUCACUGCUUUGAAUAUCUCCAUGAAUUAGGUUAAUGGUGGAAUAACCUUGGGUGACACUAAACAGCAUGAACCCCAUCAGCCAAUAUCAUGUUACAUAGAGCAGCUCCUUGCACUGCUGACCUUAUAAUUUACAUUUUAGUCAUUUAGCAGACACUCUUAUCCAGAGUGACUUACAGGAGCAAGGGUUAAGUGCCUUGCUCAAGGGCACAACGACAUAUUUUUCACCUAGUCUGCUAGGGGAUUUGAACCAGGGACCUUUCGGUUUUUGGCCCAACGCUCUUAACCGCUAGGCUUCCUGCCGCCCUAAUAAUGUCAUGCUGUCGUCAUUCGAGGCCUGCGGUCUUAUCUGGGGCUAACUGGUUGGCAGGCCGCCUAACCCUAGCUGACUGAGACAGAUCGUUGUAUGUGAAUAGACACCUGCUGGAAUGCGGUUUUAACCAAUCACCAUUCAGGAUUAGAACCACCAGCUGUAUAAAAACUGUCACAUGACUCGUCACAUACACAAAUGCUGAAAAGCAUAAUCUAAUGUAAUACAUCAUUAGCUAGCGAUAUUGAUCUGUUUUGACACUUUUGGUUCCUUCCAUCCAUUUUGCAAUAACACACAGUAUCAGGAAAUUGACCAUAAAUACAUCUGUUUAUUACUGUAUUAGUCACAAAUGGACAAUUUUAGGCAACGGCCGAUGUGCUAUGGUCAUGGCAGGCUGAUUAUCCACAUUGGCACUAGCCCACUAUCUUGAUAGCCAUCUUUUCUUAUGUUUCAGCAUAUCAAUACUCAAUGCUUAGCGCUAUGCUAGUUAAUCAUACACCUCUCUCCCUCUCCCUCUACAGGUUGAUACUGGAGAAGGAGGGACCCCGCUCGCUGUUCAGAGGCCUGGGGCCCAACCUGGUGGGUGUGGCUCCUUCCAGGUAUGAUCUCACUUCCUGUGCAAUAAUUUUUCCUGUUGUGGCUUCUGCUUGCAUUUUCUUGACUUUCUGUGUAGGCUACUUCAUGGAGUUUUUUUUUCUUUUUCUGGCGACUUCAGAUUUAAAGGGGGGUUGCUAGGAAACCUAGAUAAUUUAUUUGUAUUUGGUUUUCCAUUAUUUGACCUUGGUGAGACCUCUGUUUCAAAAUUCCUUUUUGUAACCACAUCGGAGGACGACACAAUUACCACCAUUUUACGUUAUGUUUCAUUAAACUAUUCUGGAUCAGAACAUAAUCUUCUUCCGGGGGGAACCCCCCAAUGAAUUUCUGCAGAUGAAUUGCCAGUAAAAUUCCACUCCCUCCCUGUCCUCAUCUUCCAUCUCCACCGUUGAAUUAUUCAUACUCCCUAGUGGUAGAACCCAGACUGAAAUGACUGUUAGUCCUAUUAUGCAACAGCAGCCUCCUGGUCCAGUCUGUUAAUCACAGUCACUGUGGGCAGAGCAGCGGCCGUGUUUCUGUCUAUGGCUGUGCAUUUGUGUAGAGUCUGUGACAGGGUUUCCGUUAGUAAAAUAUGGCGCCGAACAACAUGACUGGGAAGAUUUAAAUUUACCGGCCAUUUGAGAAAUUUACUGGAAAUAUUUAAAUUUACCGGCCAUAUGCAUUCGGAGCAUAACCCAUUAGGGCGUCCACCCACGGUGCUCAGAAUGACAAAUCACAUUUAGAUUAUGAUAAUGCAUCUUAACAGAACAUGCAACUCAUGUAAUGAAGCAGCCAAUAAAACUACAUUUUUCAAACAUUUGCCAAAAAGGUAAUUUAACAGCGCACCUGGGAAAACACGAUUCAAACAGUGCACCUGCAGCGGUUCCAAAUAUUCCGGGUAGCCAUUUUGAUUAGCUGCUCAGCAGUCUUAUGGCUUGGGGGAAGAAGCUGCUAAGAAGCCUUUUGGACCUAGACUUGGCGCUCCGGUACCGCUUGCCGUGUGGAAGCAGAGAGAACAGUCUGACUAGGGUGGCUGGAGUCUUUGGCAAUUUUUAGGGCCUUCCUCUGACACCGCCUGGUAUAGAUGGUCCUGGAUGGCAGGAAGCUUGGCCCCAGUGAUGUACUGGGCCGUAUGCACUACCCUCUGUAGUGUCUUGCGGUCGGAAGCCGAGCAGUUGCCAUACCAGGCAGUGAUGUAACCAGUCAGGAUGCUCUCGAUGGUGCAGCUGUAUAACUUUUUGAGGAUCUGAGGACCCAUGCCAAAUGUUUUCAGUCUCCUGAGGGGGAAUAGGCUUUGUCGUGCCCUCUUCACGAUUGUCUUGGUGUGUUUUGACCAUGAUAGUUUGUUAGUGAUGUGGACACCAAGGAACUUGAAGCUCUCAACCUGCUCUACUACAGCCCUGUCGAUGAGAAUGGGGACGUGCUCGGCCCUCCUUUUCCUGUAGUCCACAAUCAUUUCCGUUGUCUUGAUCACGUUGAGGGAGAGGUUGUUGUCCUGGCACCACACUGCUAGGUCUCGGACCUCCUCCCUAUAGGCUCUUCAGUAAGGCCAUUCUACUGCCAAUGUUUGUCUAUGGAGAUUGCAUGGCUGUGUGCCUGAUUUUUAUACACCUGUCAGCAAUGGGUGUGGCUGAAAUAGCUCUUAACGACUUUCCUAUACCGAUUUUUAAAUUGCGUACCUGCUCCACAGUAAGCUGCUCUAUCUGCACUAAGUGGUGAAGUAAUUUAAUUGUUGCUCUAAAUGAAAUUAUUUUUUAAAUAGGAACAAAAAGGAACGAUAUAAAGCAGUACUUUUUGGGGAUUAGAACUGGUUGAUAAAUGUAUUUUGCUGGUUGGAACACCAGAAUGGAAUGAAAAAAGCGAGGUGGGGGGAGUCAGGGGAGAGCUAGGUGGACGUGGUUAGCGACUGGGAGAGGAAGGCCGGGAGAGGGGGGUCAGGAGAGACCGGGAAGUAGAGAGGUGCGGAAGGAGAGCGAGGUAGACUGGGAGAGCGAGAUAGAUGGGUAGAGCGAGGUAGACUGGGAGAACGGCAGGGAGGGAGAGAGGGUAAGGAGAGGGACUGACCUGAGCGCACACUGCCAUAAAAAAUACUGCGGAGGAAAGAGAGGGAGAGAAUAAUCAAUCAUCCUUCAUUACUCCUACAGGGUUCCGUUCCUCAAUACUCUCCUCAAUGCUGCACUGGAACAGAGCAAAAACACCAAUGCCAUUUCCCAAUAACCCCUGCCAGCGACUAGACGCUCACCAGGCUUUACUUACAUUAACACAGCAAGGAACCUUAUCUAACCCGACAGAGAAGUGACUAACACUGCUGCUGUGUGCCCUGGCUGAUUGGUCUCCCCCUUGGCCUUGGCAGCGGGCUGCAGAGUGCUGCCGAGCUGAGCAUAUUGUCUGCCAUUAGAGCAUGGUUGGCUGGGCAGUAAGCUGUUCAGCUACAGCACACUUGGCACAGCACACACUCUGCAUCACAAGCUUUCGAUGAGUCCGCGUCACCAUCACUGAGAUCGGCCUUCACAUCACACACACACAUGCGUGAAUAUGCACCCAAUCUCACAUCUGCAUACACACACGUACAUGCACAGUGUACACAAUCUCACUCUCUCACAAACAUACACUUGUACACUAAAGGCAGGGUGAGCGAACCGGGUCAUUGGGUUUUAAUCCCCACAGCGGAAAUGUUUACUUGAGUAAUCCUCUGGGAUUUGAGUUUAGUAGAGAGCAUAAGAGUUCCAAGGGAGAUCAAUCUCCAGCUAAAGCAGGGCAUGUGAUUUGGGUACCUGGUUGGCAUGCGCGUGUAGAGACACACAGACACACGCACUACGCAGGAACAUGCCUAAUGGGCCAUUUUUUUUUAAGCAUGUAGAAAGUCUACACCCUCUUGAGCUUUUUUCGAAUAUUGUUGCGUUAUAAAGUGGGAUUGAAAAAUAUUUAAUUUUAAUUUCUUGUAAUUGAUCUACACAAAAUACACCAUAAUGUCAAAGUCAAAAGAAAAUUCUACAGAUUUUUACAAAUUAAUAAAAUGUAAUAACUAAAAUAUAGUCGUUGCAUAAGUAUUCACCUUUGUUUAGGCAAGCCUAAAUUAGUUCAGAAGUAAAAUUUGGCUUAACAAAUCACAGAAGUUUUAUAUGGACUCACUCUGUGUGAAAUAAUAGGAGUUUACAUGAUUUUUGAAUGACUAACCUUUCCUCUGUCCCCCAUACAUACAUCUGUAAGGUUCCUCAGUCAAGUAUUGAAUUUCAAGCACAGAUUCAACUACAAACACCACAAAGCUUUUUGAAAGCCUCAUAAAGAACGGCAGUGAUUGGUAGAUGGGUAACAAUAAUAAAUCAAACAUUGAAUAGAUCUUGAAGCAUGGUUAAGUUAAUAAUGAUGCUGGGGAUGUAUUAAACCACCCAGACACAUCAAAGAUGCAGUCGUCCUUCUGAGUGAGCUGCAGGACAGGAAGGAAACUGCUUAGGGAUGUCACCAAGAGACCAUUGUUGAUUUUUAAAACCGCUACAGAGGUCCAUGGCUGUGAAUGGGAGAACUGAGGAUGGAUCAACAACAUUGUAGUGACUCCACAAUAAUGACCUAAAUGACAGAGUGAAAAGAAUAAUACAACUAUACAGAAUACAAAUAUUGAAAAACAUGCAACAAGGCACUAAAGUAAUAAUGCAAAAAAAAAACACUGCAAAGGAAUACACUUUUUGGCCUAAAUGCAAACAAAGCCUUAUGUUUGGGGAAAAUCCUGCCUCCUUAUUUUCAAGCAUGGUGGUGGCUGCAUCAUGGUAUGGGUAUGCUUGACAUUGGCAAAGACUGGGGAGUUUUUCAGGAGGAAAAGAAAUGGGAUGGAGCUAAACACAGGCUAAAUCCUAGAGGAAAACCUGCUUCAGUCUGCUUUCCACCACUGGGAGAGAAAUUCACCUUUCAGCAGGUCAAUAACCUACAACACAAAGCCAAAUCUACACUGGAGUUGCUUACCAAGAAGACAGUGAAUGUUCCUGAUUGGCCAAGUUACAGUUUUGACUUAAAUCUGCUUGAAUCUAUGGGAAGACUUGAAAGUUGCUGUCUAGCGAUCCCCAACACCUUCUUUUGAAAAGAAUAAUGGGCAAAUAUUGCACACUCCAGGUGUGCAAAGCUCUUAUGAGACCUACCCAAGAAGACUCUCAGCUGUAAUCGCUGCCAAAGGUGUUUCUAAUAUGUAUUGAAUCGGGGGUGAAUACUUAUGUAAUCAAGGUAUAUUGGUGUUUUUAUUUUUCAUUAAUCUUUUAAAAAAUAUUUUCCUUCCACUUAGACAUUACAGGGUAUUUUGUGUAGAUCGACAAUUCAAACCAUUUUUAUCCCACUCUGUAACACAAAUGUGAAGAAAUCCGUGACACACAAACUACCCAAAUGAAUGCAACAGGAGUUCCAGGCCAUUUACUGUGUCAAUUCGGACAGAGGGGACGCUGCCUGUCAUUUAUACUCUGCAGUUUUGCCCCAAUCUCACAAGAACUAAACAUAUUUUUUGUUUGACAUAUUGGUAUCGACCAUCAUGACCCCAAAAAAUAUAGUUUUUAACGGUAAAGGCCCAGAGUUCCGAUAUGGAUUGAUUCACUGUAUUCUUAGCUCCCAUCCAUUCCCUCCUGUAUCCACAGAGCUAUCUACUUUGCAUCCUACUCCACUGCCAAAGAGAAGCUGAAUGGCGUGUUUGAACCCGACUCCACGCAGGUCCAUAUGGUGUCUGCAGGCCUAGCAGGUAACAGUCCUUCCAGAAACUCCUCCUCUGCUGUCUAUAACCUGCUUGUCAGUGCAGUUUUUACUGGUUGUUGCUGCAUUCAAAGUUGACUUGUUUAGACAAUUUCCAGCUACUUAUUUUAUUUUGACUGAUUACAUAGAAAAUUGGAUAUAUUAAGUAUUUAUUUUAAGAUAUUUUGUUUUUGUUUAAAGAAACAGGCCAUAUUUUUAUUUGAUUAAAUGUUUUUUCUUUUUUUUGUACAUUUUUAUGUUGUGUUAUGGGGUGGAUGGGGUUUCCUAUUCAUUUGAAGAUAAUUCAAUGUUUUAUAAACAUUGCUCUAGUCUAUAUCCAGCUAUGUGCUAGACAUUCCCACUAUAUGGGUUACCUUGUGGACAUUUCCGAGUGUUUUUGAAUAUCAACCACAGAUGGUUUGCCCGAAAGCACAAUUGAAGACUUUCAGGAUCAGUCUCUUGACAACUAUAAGCUAUAGUGAAAGUGAAGAGGUUAAGGCUUAUUCUUCCCUUCAAUAUUGUAGUUCUUAAGUUGGAUGCGAAGAUAAACAUUUUUAUUGUUCUCUCAGUUAAAGCACUUAGUAAGAAAAUACAUAGUGUGAAAAGGACAACGCACACAGUUAACACUUCGUGUCAGUUGCAUUUUGUACUUCCUCCACUCAUAUAUUGAACUGCUCAAGAGAUUUCACACGGCGAAUAGACCCACUGACCCACAUUACUGCCUCUCUUUGUCCUACAAUUAUAUACAGCCAACUUGGCAGAGGCCCAACACUUUACUACAUACCACUACUUACCGCUAGCUGCCUGUUCCAGCAAUAAAAUAAAUAACAUCCUCAAAGUUUGAAUUGUGCUUUCCAUCCCACCCCCACUUCCCCCAGUUUUUUCUCUUUUGAGGCUCUUCGACUCUCGAAGGACCCUAAAUUGUGUUAACGUACCAGUUUGUUGCUAAACAGUGAGUUUGGCCCUUCAAGCGCUGUCUAUGCUGUGUGUGUACAGUAGUAAAGGCCCCAGGGCGCUAACAUGUCAGGGCCCUCACUGCGGGAGGUCCCCCCCCGCCUCGCGGCGACACACCAGCCGGACGUUGUUGGGCGGACGCCUCAGGUAGCACCCCAUUUCCUUUCACUGGUAUGACCAUGAUGCUAAUGAUGAUGCUAUUGAUGCUAAUAAUGAUGAUGCUGGUAUAGGUCACUAGCUGGUUUGCAGCUCUUUCAUCUCCUAUUACUUCUACGUGAUUGCACAGUCUUGAUACACUGCCCCCCUUCCCCCUUUGACCAGCCUGUUUACUCCCUCACCCACCCCCACUAAAGGUACAUGAACAACACGCACUUUGAUUUUUCCUUAGUCAGCAUAUGAAGAGAAAUGCUAACCUUGUCACUAUUAGAGGUUUGAGGGACCUUAAUUUGUUUAAUCCAUUCAUCAUUUACUCUUGAACCGCUAACACUGCAGAUGUAGUUUAUUUAAGUUUAGUGUUUAGUUUAUACGUCUGCCCUCGUCUUUGACAAAAGAGGCCCACAUAAGCUUACCACUGUGCCCUAGAUAUCACUCACGUAACAUACGCAUGUGUGUCUAUAUACAGCAUUUAGUUCCAGACGCUGGAAAAUUCCAAUCGUAUUAUGACACUCCCUAACUUAUUUGACACCUCUGAAUCCUUUCCCUCAGUUACACAUACAGAUGUAGAAUAAUUAGACCAAAGAUGCUUUUUAGUCAAAUUUAAUUUAGUGCCAGUUCUCCAAGUACAACUUACAGAAACAUGCUUACUGACUUUUUUGUACCAUCUGACACACUAUAAUAUCAUAUUUUUCAAUUACAGACGUAGAAUGAAUAGACCAUUUAUAUAGACCACGUACACAGAGUAUACAAAACAUUAAGAACACCUGCUCUUUCAAUGACAGACUGACCAGGUGAAUCCAGGUGUGAAGGCUAUGAUCCCUUAUUGAUGUCACUUGUUAAAUCCACUUCAAUCAGUAUAGAUGAAGGGGAGGAGACAGGUUAAAGAAGGAUUUUUAAGCCUUGAGACAAUUGAGACAUGGAUUGUGUAUGUGUGCAAUUCAGAGGGUAACUGGGAAGACAAAAGAGUUAAGUGCGCACCGGUUUCAGUGUGUCAAGAACUGCAACGCUGCUGGGUUUUUCAUGCUCAACAGUUUCCCGUGUGUAUCAAGAAUGGUCCACCACCCAAAGGACAUCCAGCCAACGUGACACAACUGUGGGACGCAUUGGAGUCAACAUGGGCUGUGGAAUGCUUUCGACAUCUUGUAGAGUCCAUGCCCCGAUGAAUUGAGGCUGUUCUGAGGGCAAAAGGGGGGAGUGCAACUCAAUAUUAGGAAGGUGUUCCUAAUGUUUGGUAUACUCAGUGUAGAUUCAUAAAUCAUACCCACUGCUGGCCUAUAAUCAUGCCCAUUUUGCAGUCAUUCAACUCCCCGAACCCUCUCUCUAUAGGAGUUAUGUGGAGCUAAGAACUGGUCUCCAGCUGCUUAUCUGAAGCAUUUUUCUUAGUAAAUGUAGGUCUUACUCGUUGGGAAAAGUGGAGCACUGUAACACAUGCCGAUAGAGGGAGCGAGUUGGCACACAUACUAAAGCCUUGUCUUGAGUUCAACACAACCACAGUUGGCUCAGGGCCUAGUGUGUCUAUUUCUUCCCACAGACCUCCUGUAUAGACUAGCUAGUUCAUGUGGUUAAUUUACACUGCAGGGAUAUUUGCUGAAUCAGGUCCCCCUUACUAUGUCAAGAGCCUUAAACUAGGUUGUGGACUUUGACAGCCUCGAGGACAAUAUGUGACCCUCUUUGUGCAGACAGAUAUCACCUUAAUCAUAUAUUUUAAUAGAGGGCCCCAUUCAGCCUAAAGCACACUGCAUUAUAGCAGAUGAUUGUACUGCUGUAUUGUAAUAACACUGGAACUAGGUCACACCAUUGAAUUAGUUUAGAUAUGAAACAUAGGGGCCAAGCAUGAAAUGGCUGACUGACACUCCAGUAUUACGUUUAAUUUUGGGGAAAAUUUCUAUGUAUUUGAGACAUCUGGCCUCCACACAGUCCUUUGCCCAACAUAAAAAUUACAUGAAUACAUACAACUUUUAGAAAGAAGUUGUUCAGACGAUCAGAAACCGAUGGGUGGGAUUGUUGAAUUGGGGUAUCACAACACUUUAUCAGAGAUAAAUAAAUCAGAGCAUCCAAGCUCGUCGUUUCUAGACUUUAAAAGUCUGCUUGACAAGGUUAGCAUUUCAACCCUCUCUUACACUAUUUUACCUUUUUUAUUUCAUUGUUGACUUUGUCCCUCAUUUUAUUUGACCCCAUUGCUACUGUUUAGAAUCAAUAAAAGUGACUAUGGUAAUGAUGCAAUGGUUCACAAUGAUUGGCACCUGUAGCAUCAGCUAAGAACAUUGUUUAAAUAUAUUAUUAUUGUGUACCACAUGUUUAUUUGUUUUGUGCUGCACAUAAUUUGAUUAUACCAGUGGGGUGAUGUUCCAUUGAUGACAGACUUGCAUUUUCUUUCAAUUUUUCUUCCCUUACCAAGAGCAACAUACAGUACCUGACACAACGUAGAGGAGGGAAAUGACAGGAGACAUUUAAAACAGAUGUGGGUCGGGUAAGGUCAAGGGGUCGAGGGUUAGAGUGGGGAGGAAGAGAUGGUGACCCCUUUUCUCCUCUCCCACCUUUUAGUAGUUGGUUUAAAAAAGGGUGGGUAAAAAUGUGGGAGUGGGGAGGAUUAUCUUAUGUUUAUUUAUAAAAAGGGAGAUAUGGGUCGGCUUAGGGGGAUCUUAUCCGUUUAUAUCCGAUUGGGGGGGGGUUGAUACUUGUCCUCCUAUUUUACCUGUUAAAGAAAUACAGUGAUUGGGUAGGAUCGGUAGGUUUCCUCUCCCGUCUAUGUAAAUAAAAGGAGUUUGUGGGUGGGUUGGUUGACUGCUGCCUGUGUGUGACUGUGGUCAUUUUAGGGCUUUACUGUAGCUUUCACCCCUGCGUGAGGGGGGAGAGCCCCCGCCACCUCAGCCCCCAUAUCUGCAGGCUUCUAGCUGCAGCUGUGAGGCGGAGUAGCUUUGCCCCUACUCUGUGAGUACACGCCAUAGACGCUAUCUCCUUCUAAUUCUUCUUCUUCGACAGACUUGUCAUCCUCUUCACGCAGUCUCCUUAGGACUGUGUCCCUUGAUACAGUAGAAGCUCUAGUCGUGGGUACAGUACUGUCCCCUGGUUUCUUGUUUAGAGAAAAUGCUAUGUAGUGAUGUAAAUGUAUGUUGAUGUUCCAAUGGCCAUGUUUUAAAUUAUGUUCAUGUUUGGAGGUUUAGUAUUUCGACCACAUCGGUACAGAGCACAAGUUAUGUGCCGGAUUACUGUCUGUCUUUUAAAAAUGCACAUUAUUAUCACACUAGAAUUACCUGCACCUUACACAUUUGUUGUAUACCUUGUAAUGUGUAUGACAUGACACUUCUUUGUGAACUAACAUACUGACUUGAUGCAUUGUCAGGGGACUCAUUGGUCUCUCUGAUUUUAAAAACUAUUUCAAACCCAAAUUAAGUAUAAGCAACUUAUUAAUAACACUAUUAAAAUAGUAAAUGUUUUGGUAUGGCAUUUAUAAAUAUACUCCAAGUUUCCCUGGGAAAUAACAUUCGCAAUCCUCCACUCGGCGAUAUUCCGUUUCACUUAUUCCGCUUUGGUCCUCAUGAAUAAUUCAAGAAAGCCAGACUCCAUUUAGUUUCCUCAUGGCAGCCAAUGAGGCCUUCAGCUGAGGCUCACACCAUGACGUCGUUCAUACAAUCAUUUGCUCUUUAAGAUGUAAGCCUACUGUAGGGCUGAGCUCUCCCCAUCUGGGAGCUAGCUACUAUUGUUCAAAUUAAAUUGACUAUAUUAUAUAUAUAUAUAUAUAUAUAUAAAUCAUGCACUCUUAAUCGGAGUGAAGUAUAAUGAUGAUCAUUGAGGGGGCUGAACAAUAUCAUAGCACUAUGCUAUAUCGUAGAAUUCUGUAGUGCCUUCAGUGUACAUGAGAUUCAGGCCCACCUUGUUUAUAAACACUAAGGAAUAGUAUUUAUAGUAAUUAUAGGCUAUAUCUUGGUUCUAUUUAUUGCAACUUGUAAAUAUGAUUAUGAAUAAUGUUAGCUACUUGGACUAUCUUUAAGCUGAGUUUUUGCCUGUGCUGUAAUAACCUUGAGGAAUCUAAUCAGUCCAUAUAAUACCAUUCCUGUGAAGGACAGUCUGCCCUUAACAAAGGUAAUAAAGUUUUUUUUAAAUGAUCAUCUCUGGCCUGAUACUGGAGCACCAGCGAUAAGGAAAGGUUUUACGAGAUUGCCAAUACUUAAAUAAAAGGCUCAUAAACACAGCUUAAAGAUGUCAACAAAGCUUUCACACACUGCUGCCAGUUGAAUGAAAGUAGCUUUGUUUAGAGUGCACUGGGGUUGUAUUUCACAAAACGCAGGAUUGAUAGAUUGGCCAGCACUCAGUUCUAACCCUUACUUUUCUAGUUCAUAAAGCUAGCUGAAGUUGAAUGUCGUUGGGUUACUACUGCGAGUAUUGAGUCUGUAAUAUCCUUCCCUAUAUUCAAGUUUUUCUUCCUUUAUCCUCCAGGGAAUACAGAGUUGUUAGAUGGCUGGCUAACUCAUUGGUGGUGCUUUGUGAAAUACCCCCCCCCCCCCCCCCCAGUAUAUAUCUAUGUCCUUGGAUAGGCUGAGUCCUUCACACAUCAUCACUCCCCCUGUCUGAACCUCUGAACUCUUCUUCCCAGGAUUCACUGCUAUCACGGCGACCAAUCCCAUCUGGUUGAUCAAGACCCGGUUGCAGCUAGAUGCCAGGUAAGCACUGAGGAGGGAGGCUGUAUCUAGGCCACAUACCGUAGAAGUCAUGGAUUCCCCAAAGUCAGACUGCAGACGAUUUAAAUUCCCUAAGCUUUUAAUGUUAAUCCACAGCUGUUUCGUAUUUUGUUGCUUCUCUAAAUACAGUAUGUUAUGCUUAUUGUACUAGUUUCAUAUUGUUUUGAUUCAUUGUACUAAGGGAAAGGAUGUUAUUCUGAGUAUUAAUAGAGCAUAAUACGUUAUUGGAUGUUGCGAAUCCCUUUUAACAUGUUACUUACUUGCCAAAUGUAUCCCGUUAGCUAUAUGACCCCCACGUGUUUUUACCACAGGAACCGUGGUGAGAGGCGCAUGAAUGCGUUUGAGUGCGUGCGGCGGGUCUACCAGACGGAGGGCUGGCGGGGCUUCUAUCGGGGUAUGUCUGCCUCGUAUGCCGGCAUCUCCGAGACGGUUAUCCAUUUUGUCAUCUAUGAGAGCAUCAAGCGCAAGCUGAUGGAGUCCAAGGCCCAGGCCAGCAUGGAUCAGGACGAGGACGAGUCGGUGAGGGAUGCCUCAGACUUUGUGGGCAUGAUGCUGGCUGCCGCCACCUCCAAGACCUGUGCCACCUCUAUCGCCUACCCCCACGGUAUACACGAUAUAUCAGCCAUAUGGUUAUCGGUUGAAAUGAUAUCAGUAUCGCCAAUAAUAUAUAUUUUUAAACCGAAUCAUCAGGGUUAAUAAGUCACUCAGUUCUCUCCUCACCCUCUUCUCUCCUUUCCCCCCCCCUCUUCUUCCCUUUACUCCCCCGCUCUCCUCUCUUCUUCCUCUCUCUCUUCUUCCUCUCUUCUCACCCCCCCUCUUCCCUUUAACCCAUCUCUCCUCUCCCUCUUUUCUCUCCUCUCCCUCUUUUCUCUCCCCCCCUCUUCUCUCUACUCCUCCCCUCUUCUCACCCCCCUCUUCUUCCCUUAACCCCGCUCUUCUCUCCUCUCCCUCUCUUCUCCCCCCCCCCCCCCGCACUCCUCUUCCCCCUCUGCUCUCCUCCCUUUGUAGAGGUGAUCCGCACCCGGCUACGAGAGGAGGGCAGCAAGUACCGCUCCUUCUUCCAGACAUUACUGACAGUACCUAAGGAGGAGGGCUACCGUGCCCUGUACCGUGGUCUCACCACCCAUCUGGUCCGCCAGAUCCCCAACACUGCCAUCAUGAUGUCCACCUACGAGAUGGUGGUCUACCUGCUACAACGCUAGCCCCUCCCCUUCCUGUCUGGAGAGGAAGUGACUGACUUGGUUGGGGAUAUCUAAGAUGGAGACCAAAGGAAAACCGAUAUGGACCAGAACAGGAGCCCCCCUCCCCCCCUCCCCCCCUACUUCCCAACCAACAACCCCACCCCCUAAGCCUACAGGUCUCUCCUCAAGGGGGCUCUAUGGUCUGGGGACAGAGAAAGGAUGGGGUGGGAGGAGGAAAGAGGGACUGAGAGAGACAGUUGGGUCAGUCUUUUAUAGAGCCUGUCAAACAGGAGAUGUCUCUGAAGGAAAGACGGAAAUCAUGUUGUGGCCUUUAGAGUUUUUUAAGUUUGUCGCUGUCUCUUUGUAGAAUGAAACCAAUCUGCUUUAGCCUGUAUCGGAGAUGACAAUCUGAAAGGGGAAUGCUUGAAAACAAUCUAUCAAAAACAGGUGUCAUAAUAACAUUAUGAACAUUACAGAAAAUAUGUUGAACUAAAUUCUGCAGUAGAUAGAUUUGAUUAGGUCAGCGCUUUUUCACUAGGAUUUAGCAUGUAAACUAAUGUUUGAAACAAGCUUUGCAUGCUCUGUUUCAGUAACUUGAACCCAGGUUUGGUGGAUAUGGAAUGUCGGAAAAAGGGGGGAGGUGGUUAUGGAAUGUCGGAAAAAGGGGGGAGGUGGUUAUGGAAUGUCGGAAAAGGGGGGAGGUGGGGGUUUCUUUAUUUUCAACUUGCAAUUUUUUUCCCAGAUCAAUUUCUCAGGCAAGAAUUUUGC